AAAAAGUGGCGCAUAAAAGCCACAAGUGCAUCAGCUGAGGAGCAGAGGUGGCACACCACGGAGCCAAAACACGAGGAAACCCCUGCGUAAAGACGCACGGACGGGAUCAGAACCGAGAGAAAAACAGAGAAAGAGGAAGGAAGAUUCGAGAGGAGCUGGCGAGGACAUGGUGAAUCAAUGAUUUUAAAUCACACCGUUUUCUUUUUGUGAUCAGUGAAGACUGUUCCUGCUGCAAGGUUUUGGGACCAAACGGAGCUGAGACGCGUCUGGAGAAGUCCCGUCCUUCAUGAACCCACAUGCUGCUGAUCUGCUGCUGCCUCAAGAUGGCAGGAGGCGAUAAGAGAUAACCGAGAGAUCAAUUGUCCCCAUCGAAAGGAAAAACUCUUCGUUUGAGCCUCAUUGAGCAGAGAACAGCUCCACAUUUUUUAAAUUUGAUCAGUAAACUGUUGAAACACGAACAAUGGCGUCCUACACCCCUGCCCCAACGCAAGAGGAGACUAAUGGCGGCCCCCCAUCUGUGAAGUCAGAACCCUCUGGAGAAUCCAUGAAGCUGAAGAAGGAGAUCUCCCUCCUGAACGGGGUCUGUCUGAUCGUGGGCAACAUGAUCGGCUCUGGGAUCUUCGUCUCGCCCAAGGGCGUCCUCAUCCACAGCGCUUCCUACGGCCUCUCUCUGGUGGUGUGGACCGUUGGCGGGAUCUUCUCCGUGUUCGGAGCCCUGUGCUACGCCGAGUUGGGGACCACCAUUACCAAGUCGGGGGCCUCCUACGCCUACAUCCUGGAGGCCUUUGGGGGCUUCAUGGCCUUCAUCCGCCUGUGGACGUCACUGCUCAUCAUCGAGCCGACCAGUCAGGCCGUCAUCGCCAUCACGUUCUCCAACUACAUGGUGCAGCCCAUUUUCCCCACCUGUAUAGCUCCGUACCUGGCUAACAGGCUGCUGGCUGCUGCAUGUAUAUGUUUGCUGACCUUUGUGAACUGUGCCUAUGUGAAGUGGGGAACCAGGGUCCAGGACUUCUUCACCUACGCCAAAGUCAUCGCGCUGAUCGCCGUCAUCAUCACCGGCCUGGUGAAGAUCGGACAAGGUCACACUCAGAACUUCGAGGACCUUUUCUACGGCUCGUCUCAGGACCCAGGGGACAUCGCUCUGGCUCUGUACUCGGCCCUGUUCUCCUACUCCGGAUGGGACACCCUCAACUUUGUCACAGAGGAGAUUAAAAACCCAGAGAGGAACCUGCCGCUGGCCAUCGCCAUCUCCAUGCCCAUAGUGACUGUGAUCUACAUUCUGACCAACGUGGCGUACUACGCCAUCCUCCCCAUCAAUGCCAUCUUAGACAGUGACGCUGUAGCUGUGACGUUUGCAGACCAGGUGUUUGGCGUAAUGAACUGGACCAUUCCCCUCGCCGUGGCUCUUUCCUGCUUCGGAGGACUCAACGCCUCCAUCCUGGCCUCCUCCCGGUUGUUCUUCGUGGGCUCCAGAGAGGGCCACCUCCCCGACUACCUGUGCAUGAUCCACGUCCACCGUUACACACCGAUCCCUGCGUUGCUCUUCAAUGGCGUCAUGGCUCUUAUAUACCUGUGUGUAGAAGACGUCUUCAGGUUGAUCAACUACUACAGCUUCAGCUACUGGUUCUUUGUGGGUCUGUCCAUUCUGGGGCAGCUGUAUCUGCGGUGGAAGCAGCCGGACAGAAAGAGACCACUGAAGCUCAGUCUCUUCUACCCCAUCAUCUUCUGCCUCCUCACCGUCUUCCUCGUGGUUGUGCCGCUCUACAGCGACACCAUCAACUCCCUGAUUGGAAUCGGCAUCGCCCUAUCAGGAGUGCCCGUCUACUUCCUCUGCUGCUACACUCCAGCCACUAAGAGGCCACUGUGGUUGCGGCGCAUCAUCGCUAAAUCUGGCGUGCUGAUCCAGAAGGUUUGCUUUUCUGUUCUGACUGAAAUGGACACUGACAAGGAAGAGUAGACGUUUUG